GCAAGCUGGGCCACCCUGAGCCCACGGUCGCUCGCCCUCCCGCUCGCCAUGGGCCCCCUGGGCCCCCGGGGCCCCCUGACCCUGCUGCUCCUGCCGCUCCUGGGAGGCCUCGUCGGCCUCACCAGAUGUCUGAGGAUACUCCCCCCCGACGCGAGCCGAAUCGAGAAGGCCAAAGGAGACAGCGUUCAUUUGCCGUGCAAGUACACGCUCGCCACGGAAGAUGAAGGGCCGCUGGACAUCGAGUGGGUCCUAUCGCUGCCCGAUAAUCUGAAGGUGGAUCAAAUGAUCAUCUUUUAUUCCGGAGGCAGAAUCUUUGCCAACUACUACAAAGAUAUGAGCGGACGGGUGCACUUCACGGACAGCGAUCCCCAGUCCGGCGACGCCUCCAUAAAUGUGACCAAUUUACAGUUGUCCGACAUCGGCACGUACCAGUGCAAAGUGAAAAAGGCCCCUGGGGUCCACAGCAGCAAGAUCCAGCUCUCGGUUCUCGUUAAGCCCACAGGGACGCGAUGCUUCGUGGAAGGAUCGCAGGAGAUCGGGAGAGACUUCAAGAUGAGAUGCGAGUCGCCGGAGGCUUCCGGGCCGCUGGAGUACGAGUGGCAGCGGCUCCCCUCCUCGGAGCGCUUCCCGUCGCCUUGGUUGGCGGAAAUGACUUCUUCGGUUAUUAAUGUGAAGAACGCUACUCAGGAGUACUCCGGGACCUACAGGUGUGUGGUGCGAAACAGAGUCGGUUCCGACGAAUGCCUCCUUCGGCUGGAUGUCGUUCCUCCCUCAAAUACUGCCGGGACCAUCGCCGGCGCCAUCAUAGGGACUUUGCUGGCUCUGUUGCUGUUGGGCCUUCUCAUCUUCUGUUGCUGCAAGAAACGGAAGGAGGAGAAAUAUGAGAAAGAAGUGCAGCACGAUAUCAGGGAGGACGUGCCUCCCCCGAAGAGCCGCACGUCCACCUCCCGGAGCUACGUUGGCAGCAACCACUCGUCUCUGGGCUCGAUGUCUCCCUCCAACAUGGAAGGCUACUCCAAGGCCCAAUACAACCAGGUUCCAAGCGAAGACUUCGAGCCUCCUUCCCCGAAACCAGCGUUCCAGCUGAGCAAGGUAGCCGCCCCUAAUCUAAGUCGAAUGGGCGCCGUGCCCGUCAUGAUCCCAGCCCAGAGCAAGGACGGCUCCAUAGUGUAGGCCGCGCUCGGCAAGACUCUUCUUCCUUCUUUCUCUUUUUUUUAUUCCCCAGUUUUUAUCCCCUCCGCAGGUAUUAAGUAAAAAAGCACCCCACCUCAUUCUGAAUAUUUUGCUCCCACGUUCAAAAUAGAUCCUGAAAACAAUAAGGAAAAUAAGCGAAUCAACUGCUAACGGUCCUCCCCCCCCCCCCCCCCACCCCCGGAAGGUUUGGUCUGAUUCGGCCUCCGGGGACAAAUGGAACUUCCCGGGAGAAGCGUUGGAAUUUCUACCGAGCGGUGGCUCCCCGGGGCGAUCUUCCCAGUCCACCUCCUGAUCCCAGGCGUCUCUUGCGUUUUCCUCACCGUCGGGUUACGGGCGGCGAAAGAGGCAGGGCGGGCCUCUGACCCCGCAUGGCCCCCCCGGGGCAAUCCGGAUGCUUUGUUUUCCCCCCCUCUUCCCUCCACCUAAGGAUACCCUGGCCUGAAAACGUUUGGAUAGAGGGUCCGGAGGCGGGAGCCCAUUUGGGCCGGUCGGUGUCGGCCUGGGACGUUGGUCACCGUCCACGGGCUGACCGUCGGUCCCAUGUAGUGGCCGUGGUGGUGGCAGCAGCAGCUAAAUGUAGCAUUAGGAGGCUGAGUGGCUAGUCACCCGGAGGCCGUCCAGGCUCGUGUUGGGUCAGUCAGAAGUGGGAGAGGAGGCCUUCUCAGGCUGGCCUGGGGCCACGCUGUCCGAUCCCGGCCUGGAUUUGACCUCACCUCCAUCGAUAGGCAUUUCUCCCGCUCUCCCGAGUGAAAACUAGCCCCGUGUUUUACCCGAUUAAUGUAGCUAAGUGGCAACCUGCCCCAUGGAGGGCCAGCAGUGUGUACACCCUGGGGAGCGGUAAGAAAGCAACGCGUCCAUUGAUUUUUUUUUUUCCGGAAAACGUCAGAUGACGGAGAGGGCCCUCCCGUCAAAGGGGGCCUCCGGCUCUACUACCCGAGCUCAGCCGCCCAAUUUACACAGCGACGUGAUCCGCUUCGGUCUAGAGGAGGGGCCGUGGUUUUUAGAUAGGUCAGGCGGGCCGCCGUCCGCAGAAUCCCCAAGCG